CUUUCGUGGGCAGAAAUAGGUUUGAACCAGCGUGACUCGACAAAAUAAAAGGGAAGGGUAUAAAAGACCAGGCGAGAAUGAUGAGUAAGGACAUUUGGAAUAAAGCUUUAUCAUGGCGGAGGAAGCCGAUCUUCUUUCCAUUGGAAAACAUUGUAGUUUAGCGUCGUGCAAACGACUUGAUUUCUUGCCAUUUCAGUGUUCUCACUGCAAAGAAAUUUUCUGUUUAGAACAUCGAAGCCCAGAAGAGCACAAGUGUUCGAAUUUUAGCUUAUCAGAUGUUCAUGUUCCUGUUUGCCCAAUCUGUAAUCAAAUUGUAAAGAAGUCCUUAAAUGAAGAUGUUAAUCAACAGGUUGAAAGACAUAUCCUCAGUGGCUGUAAGAGCCUUGUUGUGGGAAAACCAAAGAAAAGUAAUAAGUGUUCUUUGAAGACUUGUCGUCAACAUGGACUGAUGCCAUUUGUGUGUCAAGAAUGUAAUAAGAAUCACUGCAUAAGGCAUAGACAUGCUGAAGAUCAUUUUUGCACAGCUCUGAGGGUUCCAAUGGUUUCCUGUGCAUGAGACCAAUGUGUAGAAAAAUGUUAAAUUAUUUAAUAUGAAUACAAAGUUGUUUUGCUUGAGUUUAGUUAUUACAUCAAGGACUCUGUGUUAAGAGGGGUUCAUUUAUAUGAAUAACUACCAGUAGAUUAACUUCAUUUAAUGGGUGCAUCACUUAAACUGAGUAACUAGUGGCCCUCAUUUGUCUUUUUUUUCUUGGGAAUUCUUUAUUUUCAUAUGCUUCUUGUGAAACUCAGAAAACUGCGAACACCUUCAGGGCAUUUGUGUACUGAACAGUUGUAAUAAAUUUCAGCAGUGCAAGCAAACUUCAAAACCACAAACCAAAUACUGUUGUUGUUUGUAGUAUAGUUUUAUGGUAUCUGAUUAGCCUUUUCCUUGAAACAUGUGACAAGAAUGUUCCACACAGAUUUCUUUGGUGUUGAUAGUUUUCAGCAUGAUACUGUAAUGUGGAAAAUUUUUAUUAGCCAAGGAACAUCACAUGAAAGUCUAUUCUUUAUAAAUAAAUUGUUCUAAUCUAUUGCUCUUAUUAUUAUUAUUAUUAUUAUUAUUGUUUUUACAAGUGGAAAAAUGUGAAAGUUGUUUUUCCUGUUUUUGAAUUUGUUAAAUAAUCAGUUACCAUUUGAUAAGUCGCACGUUGCCAGUUAUCGUUUUGAGGGGGCUUUACCAUAAAUCUCCAAGACCUUUUUUUUCUAAAUAAAUGAUUAGUGGAAAGUUUCCAUUUGCCUAAUAUAUUUUUGAGAGAUGUACAUAAUUUGGGUGGAAAUAAAGUGGAAUUUAAAAGAAGA